AUCGACGAAAUGCUUUGAUUUGAAAGACGCCAUUUCUGAUGUUUUGAUAAGUUGAUGGCAAAUUAAAUCGACGCUCGGCCAUUCAACUCUUUAUUGAAUGUUUUAUUGAUUGUUCGGUUUGCAAGACGUCUUAUUAUAAAGAAGUUAUAAAAAUAUUUCACUUGUUAACAUGAAGUGGUGUGUAUUUAUGGCAGGGUUUUUUCUCUGUCUUCAUUCAUUUCGUGAAACCACUGCAAUCAGCCCUAUACGUAGAAACGUAAGGAAGCGCCUACGCAAACAACAUGGCAAUAGUUUUUCCCUUAACAUGACAAAGCUAAAGAAUAUUGUGUUGAAACUUAAUUAUGAUCACAAGAGAAUGUUGUUUAAUGCCUUAAUGAAUAAUUCAAAAUGGCAAAAAUUCCUAAAACCAACAGCAAAGACUCCAACACGUCAUACAACUUUUAUUACUGUAGAACAAAAUCCGCAGGUUUCAGAAGUUAGCAUAGCUCCUGAUAGCAAUGGGAAGAACGCUGAAACAGCUAAAGGAGAUGUAAAACACAGCACUGAACAAACUGAAGCUGCCAAAAAAAACAACCCACCAACAAGUGAUGAUGGUGAAAAGAGCAAAUCAUCAACAAGUGAUGAUGGUGAAAAGAUCAAAUCAUCAACAAGUGAUGAUGGUGAAAAGAUCAAAUCAUCAACAAGUGAUGAUGGUGAAAAGGUCAAAUCAUCAACAAGUGAUGAUGGUGAAAAGAUCAAAUCACCAACAAGUGAUGAUGGUGAAAAGAUGAAAUCACCAAUAAGUGAUGAUGGUGAAAAGAUGAAAUCAUCAACAAGUGAUGAUGGUGAAAAGAUCAAAUCACCAACAAGUGAUGAUGGUGAAAAGAUCAAAUCAUCAAAAAGUGAUGAUGGUGAAAAGAUGAAAUCAUCAAAAAGUGAUGAUGGUGAAAAGAUCAAAUCAUCAACAAGUGAUGAUGGUGAAAAGAUCAAAUCACCAACAAGUGAUGAUGGUGAAAAGAUCAAAUCAUCAACAAGUGAUGAUGGUGAAAGAUCAAAUCAUCAACAAGUGAUGAUGGUGAAAAGAUCAAAUCAUCAACAAGUGAUGAUGGUGAAAAGAUCAAAUCAUCAACAAGUGAUGAUGGUGAAAAGAUCAAAUCAUCAACAAGUGAUGAUGGUGAAAAGAUCAAAUCAUCAACAAGUGAUGAUGGUGAAAAGAUCAAAUCAUCAACAAGUGAUGAUGGUGAAAAGAUCAAAUCAUCAACAAGUGAUGAUGGUGAAAAGAUCAAAUCAUCAACAAGUGAUGAUGGUGAAAAGAUCAAAUCAUCAACAAGUGAUGAUGGCGAAGAGAGCAAAUCAUCAACAAGUGAUGAUGACAUCGUAAACAACCACAAUCCACCUGAAGAUGAGUUAAAACAUCGAGUACCUUUAAGACAAACUCCUGAGUCUGGACAUUUUGCUUUUGUAUUUCUUGUAAUGAUUGCAUUAUUGUUUGGUCUAUAUGCAUUGUAUCAUAACAGACAAAGGAUUAUCGCAGUUGUUGUCGAAGGUCGAUCCGCAAGUGGUCGUUCUGCUCAACGUGAUCGUUACAGUAAACUGGAAACUAAUGUUGAUGUACAAGAAGCAAGAUUAAAGAAUAGUAAUGAAGUUUAUGUUUACUAAUUUAGCUUUCUUGCACGUAUUUAUACAGACAUUUUGAUUCAUUUCAAUCUUUACGUUAGCCAUUAGGAAUAGUUAUCGUAGUUUAUCGUUGAUUGUUGUGUAAAGACGGUAGGAAGCUUCAGAAAGGGGAAAGCUGAGAUCUCUUCCAUUUCUAUGAUAUUUUUAUCGAAGAAGAGAUAGAAAUUUUCGUAACUUAACUCGCUUCUUUACCACACAGUCAUCAGUGAUAUGUAUGGAAUCAUCUUAAGAAAUGAAACGAUGACCGUCCUGUUUUUGUUCUAUUGAACUUAGUUUGUUUUUGUAUUAUAGCUGAAGUAUAUCACAGCCAAGGAGCAUAUUUUUGUUAAAGUUGUCAACUAGCAGUAAAGAUUUUUUCCAAUUUAUUUAAUGUUUCAUUGAGUUAA